AAUAAGAGGAGGUAAAGGCAUAUCUCUCUCUCUUUCUGUUGAAUGUGGUGAAGUCAUAUAGUUCAGAGUAGGGUGUUUGCUGUGUAUAUGUUGGCAGUCCUGUAUUGUGCACUCCAUACUGUGUUGUAAGGAAGAAGAAAAGCGGUAACACAGCAGCACAAGCCCAAACCCACCUGUAUUCACCUGAAAGCUACUACACAAAGAUCAGCAUGGCAAACAAAGGUCCUGCCUAUGGUCUGAGCCGGGAGGUACAGAGUAAGAUUGAUAAAAAAUAUGACACAGAACUGGAGGAAAGGUUGGUGGAGUGGAUUGUCGUCCAGUGUGGUGUGGACCGGCCUCAGCCAGGCAAGAUUGAAUUCCAAAACUGGCUCAAGAAUGGAUGUGUGCUGUGUGAGCUCAUCAACAGCCUGUAUGGAUCCAACAAGCCGAUCAAGACCAUCAAGAGCUCCACCAUGGUAUUUAAGCAGAUGGAGCUGAUAUCCAUGUUCCUCAAAGCAGCAGAAAACUACGGAGUCACCAAAACAGACAUGUUUCAGACUGUAGACCUCUAUGAAGGCAAGGACCUGGCUGCUGUCCAGAGGACCCUGAUGGCUCUGGGUAGUUUGGCUGUCACAAAGAACGAUGGGUGUUACAAAGGAGACCCCAACUGGUUCCACAAGAAAGCCCAAGAGAACAGAAGAGAAUUCACAGAGGAACAGCUGACCGAUGGCAAAAAUGUCAUCGGCCUGCAAAUGGGCACAAAUAGAGGAGCAUCUCAAUCUGGAAUGACAGGCUACGGACAAGCCAGGCAGAUCAUCAACAACCCCUGAAUCUGAGCAGUGCUUAAACCCUCCCCUCAGACACUCCUUCUGCAACACUCUGAAAGGCCAGUGUGGACGGAGAAACUCUGAAAUGUAACCGGACUGUUUUCAAGGCUAAACUGGACCAAAAGACCAAAGGACCAAUGAGGACAUGUGCACAUAUACAACACAUAGUUCAGUUGAGCACACAUAGAUACCUUUGACCGUGCAAGUGAACAAUUAGACAGAAUUUUACAUAGUGAAUUCAUGUAAAUGAUAUGUUUUUUUAAAGGAUCAUUUCCAGUUGUUUUACAUGUUUUAACCCGCUACCUAAAAAUUAAAAUGUGUAUUAAAAAAUAAAUGUGCUUUACAUUACUGCCAACCAUCCAGAGGUUUCAGUUCAUUGCAGUUCCCUAUAAAAAUCAACUUGCAGAGACUUGUAACUUGCUUGAGAGUUGUACUCCAUCACAUUCAACAUUUCGUUUGCUUUAUUCUUCAUUUCAACGGCUACAUCAUUUCAGCAUGCAGUUUCAAAACUCUGCCUAUUGGUACAUUCAAGACACUCUGGUAUCUGAUAUUUGAGAAUUUUGAGAUGGAUAUGGACAACCAAAUCCAUUAUUUAUUUGAUCAGUGCCCUUGUUCUGCCAGCGUUACUCAUCUGACAAUGCAGCUAUCAAUUCUUGGAUGUCAGGGUGUCCUUGAAUGCACCUCCAAGGAGAGUUUUAAAAAGGUUCCCUGCUCACACCGGAAGUACAACAUAGCUGUAAUGCAACAUUAACAAAAAUUACUGAUAAAGAAAGAUAGAUGAUAGAUAAUGGGAACUAUCAAGUCUCAUUUGUUGUGUACUGGACUGAUUUGAAAGACGUUGCAGCCUGGAAGAUAAGAAGUGCAUGUUGUGGUUAACAAUAAAGUUAAGCAAAAAUACUGAAAUGAAUAGGUUACAACAAACAAAUCCACCGGUAUAGUCAAGGAUAAGCCAUUUUAGAAAGUGAAUUGCCUAGUUUAAAAACAGUUUUAAGAAAAAACAUGUGUGUUUUACCUGCUCCAUAACACAAUCUGCAGUUAGAUACUCUCAGUUAACUAAUUUCUAAUCAAGAUCGGACCUUCUUUUUAGAGUUUAAUACAUCAUAUAUAAUGGCAAUUGAUUUUGAUUUUGAAUAAAGUUCACUUUACCUGUAAAGAAGCCUCUUGUGUGAUGAAUAGCUUAACUGAGAUAGGCUUUGUCCACAUCUACUGAUAAUUGAUCACUGUGCUGCGUGAUUCUUUAUAGCCAGGUAAACAGUAAAAGAUAUUUACGUAUGCACAUAACAACCAAUAUUAAUCACGUCAGAGUUUCUGCAGGUAACAUAACAGUCUUUUUUUGCCCUAAACCUGAGCUGUACUCUGCAAAGAGAUAAGCAGAUGUAAUAAAGUCUGUAAAAAAAAAAGGUGGGAGGAGAGAAAAGAAUUAUGGGAGAGUGAUGAUGGGUAGGGAUAAAGCCUGGAUUUUUCCUGGCCAUGCUUUGCCUGGUUGGAUGGAACGAGAGAAACAAGGGGGAUUCAGAUAUCACUAUCUCCUGCCAAACUUUUGUUUAUACUGUGUUUUUGUUUGAGUACCGACUAAGCUGUUCAGCAUGAACUGACUCGGAAAAAGGGCGGAGAUGGAGAAGAAAAGCAGGAAGGAGAAGACAGAAAAGAGUCAAGUUAGAUUUUGAUGCGCAAAACAGAUUAUAAAGAAAUAACAGGAAAAAGGGGCACUUAAAAAAAAAAAAAAAAAAAAAAAAAA